UUUGAUUGCUUUUUCUUUGGAUAUCUUGAUAUCUUCUUGUUUCUUUUGACUUGAGAUAAAAGCUUUCGAUAUACUAUUUUUGGUCACUUUUCGUCUUCGUGGUGCUGAAACUGCGAGCUGUUUUGCGGUUGGUGGGAUUGUGAGUUUACAUCUAUAAACACCUGCAGUCUACGUCUAUAGGAAGGAACCGCUUCUUGUGUUUAUUGGAGAACAUACUUGUGUUUGUGUGAAAUAGGGUCCGGAUCGGAAGAACUAUAUAUUUCCCUUUCUCCGGGAGCUCGAAUAUCAUAAUGUCAAACUGGCAAGAGGAAGAAGGUCAAAGGAAUGGGGCCGCGAAUGAGGUUAAAGAAUCUCGGUAUGAAGGUCACGAGCCGAUGAGAAAGAAGGUGGUAGUUGUUGGUUUGGGUAUGGUGGGAAUUGCUUUUAUGUAAGUCCGGAUUUUUGCUGUCUAGAAUAUGGUGUAUCAUUUGCUCGAGUUGAUUCUAAAGCUGGUUGGAUGGGUUCGCGAAUUUGAGACACUUGCUAAUGCUACAAUAGAGAGAAGUUAAUGAAGCUGGAUGCAAAGAAACGAGAAUACGAUAUCGUGGUUAUAGGCGAAGAAUCACAUUUGGCAUAUAAUCGAGUUGGUCUGACGAGUUUCUUCCAACAUCGUAUCGUGGAGAAUUUAUAUCUGAACCCGAAGACAUGGGUGAGUUUUUCUGCUUGACUCCUCACUGUAUCCUUUGGCUAAUGCGCACCAGUAUGCAGAUGUUCCAGCUGGAUCUCUCAGUUAUCAUAUCAAUACCAAAGUUGUUGAGAUUUGUCAUUCUGACAAAAAAGUCACUUGUGCUUCGGGCGAAUCUGUCUCGUACGAUAUCCUUGUUUUAGCAACGGGUUCUGAUGCCCUUCUGCCGGGACAUACACCUGGCCAUAAUGCUAAAGGUGUUUUUGUGUAUCGAACUAUAGAGGAUUUGGAAAAUCUCAUACGGUUUUCUGAUCAGAAGAAGGAUACUCAUGGACUUGUUGUGGGUGGUGGACUCUUGGGUCUCGAAGCUGCAAAAGCUAUGAUGGAUCUUGAGAAUUAUAAAAAAGUACAUCUGAUUGAGAGGAAUAAAUGGGUAUUGAGUCGUCAGCUUGAUGCUGAUGCUGGAGGGUUGGUGGUCGAACAAGUGAGAGCACUUGGUUUGGAUGUUAUGUUAUCCAAACGAGUUGGGAAGAUUGAAGUUACGGAUGAGAAUGAAGUGAAAGGUGUGGUGUUUGAAGAUGGAGAAGAGUUGGAAUGUUCGACAAUCUGUUUUGCGAUUGGUAUCAAAGCUCGAGAUGAACUUGCUCGCCAAGCAGGUAUGAAAUGUGCUGAUCAUGGUGGAGGAAUUGUUGUUGGAGAUGAUCUAAGUACCAGUGUCAAAGACAUCUACGCGAUCGGCGAAUGUGCUAGCUGGGAAAAUCAAACAUUUGGAUUGAUUGCUCCUGGAAUCGAGAUGGCAGAUGUAUUGUCUUUCAACUUGACACAGGCUAAGAUACAUGCAUUUCGAAAGUUUAAGCGACCUGAUCUCAGUACUAAGUUGAAGUUAUUGGGAGUGGAAGUUGCCAGUUUUGGGGAUUUUUUUGCGGAUAGAGAUGGGCCUAAGAAUUUACCUGUCAGGGCUGCGAGGAAGGAUACAGAUUCAUCUGAUGCUUCAAGAGAGUUGAAUAGAUCUAGGUCAUCGCAAGUCAGGGCACUCACUUACAAGGAUCCUUUCCAAGCCAUCUAUAAGAAGUACUUGUUCACCAUGGAUGGAAAGUACUUAUUAGGUGGCAUGAUGAUUGGCGAUACGAAAGACUAUGUCAAGCUGGUACCUAUGGUGAAGAAUCAAAAAAUGCUAGAUGUACCACCUAGCCAAUUUAUCCUUGGGGCCAGUAAGGAAGGUGAUGAUGGUGGAGAUGACUUGGACGACGACACGCAAAUAUGUUCGUGUCAUAAUGUCUCCAAGGGUGAUGUCGUCCACUCGGUAAAGGAAGGAAAAUGCAAAAGUAUCGGAGACGUCAAAUCCUGUACCAAAGCUGGAACCGGAUGUGGCGGUUGCAUGCCUUUGGUUACGAGUAUCUUCAACAACACUAUGAAAUCUAUGGGACAGGAAGUCAAGAAUCAUAUUUGUCCUCAUUUCAACUAUUCACGAGCCGAUCUCUACAAUAUUAUUUCUGUAAAGAGCUUGAAGACUCUGGCGGAAGUCAUGAAAGAAGCUGGGAAUGAUCCAGAUAGUCAGGGAUGCGAGGCUUGUAAACCUUCUAUCGGAUCGAUUUUCAGCUCUUUGUACAAUAAACAUAUAAUUUCGCGUCCUUUGCAUGGUCUUCAGGAGACUAAUGAUCGAUUUUUGGCAAACAUUCAACGAAAUGGUACUUUUUCUGUGGUGCCGAGAGUCUCUGCUGGAGAAAUCACUCCGGAGAAAUUAAUACUUAUAGGUAAUGUUGCGAAGAAAUAUAAUCUCUAUACCAAGAUUACUGGUGGUCAGAGAAUCGAUAUGUUUGGAGCUAAAAAACAAGACCUCCUGGCUAUCUGGAAGGAGCUUGUUGAAGGAGGUAUGGAAUCUGGUCAUGCAUAUGCGAAGAGUUUGCGUACAGUCAAAAGUUGCGUGGGAACUACUUGGUGUCGAUAUGGGAUUGGGGAUUCGGUGGGUAUGGCUGUGAGAUUGGAGGAGCGGUAUAAGAGUAUUAGGAGUCCGCAUAAAAUUAAGGGUGGUGUGAGUGGAUGUGUGAGGGAGUGUGCGGAAGCGCAGAAUAAAGAGUAUGUCCGAAUUUAUCACUUUUUCCCUCUCAUCUACAAGGGUAAAUAUAGAAAUGCUAAUCAUAACCAUUAGUUUCGGUCUCAUCGCCACGGAAAAAGGCUUCAAUAUCUUCGUUGGCGGCAACGGCGGCGCCACUCCUCGCCACAGCGAACUCCUUGCCAAAGACGUUCCCCCUGACUCCGUAAUUCCUAUCCUAGAUCGCUACCUCAUAUUCUACAUCCGCACCGCUGAUAAACUGCAACGAACCGCUCGAUGGCUCGAGGCUCUCCCCGGCGGCAUCAAAUACCUUCGCGAAGUAAUCCUCGAGGAUAAAUUAGGAAUUUGCGCUAGUCUCGAAGCACAAAUGGAAGAAUUAGUCGGAUCAUUCUUCGAUGAAUGGGCGGCUGCUAUCCACGACCCAGAAAUCGCGAGGAAGUUCAAACAGUUUGAUAAUUGUGAUGAGGAGGUGGAGAAUAUGGAAAUGGAGGUUGAUAGGGGACAGAUGAGACCAGUUUACUGGGCCAAGGAGAGCGCGAAGACGGAUUUUAAGAAUGUGAAGUGGACAUCUUUGACUUGGGAGAGGGUUGUUAAGAAGGAUCAUUUUGCCGGUGCGGAUGAUUUACCGAAUGGGAUUUCGGCGAGUGUUAAGAGGGGCGAUACUCAGUUGGCUGUUUGGAGGGUGAGGGGUAGGUGGUUGGCUAGUCAGCAGAUGUGUCCUCAUAAGAGGGCGUUUGUUUUGAGUGAUGGGUUGAUUGGUGAUUCUAGCUCUACUUCUAUUGCUUCUUCCUCUUCUUCAUCUACUUCCGAAGAAGCAAAAAAAGAAGAAUCCCUCUGGAUUUCCUGUCCAAAUCAUAAGAGAAACUUCAAUCUAAAUGGAAAGGAUAAGGGCAGAUGUAGAAAUGAUGAGGAGGUUAGUAUAGCUAUUUUUGAAGUGGAGGAAAGAGAUGAUGGGUGGGUUUAUUUGAAGUUGCCGCCGGUGUUUGAGUUGGAUGGGGUGUUGGGUAUGCAGAGGUGGAGGGUUAGGGCGGGGGAGAGUGGGGAGAGUCCGUUUAAGGGGUUGGAUGAGAGGAUGCAUGUGGGGGGCAUUGGGAAGGUUGGGAGGAAUGGGGUUAAAGUGAAAGGGAGGAGGCCUGGGGAGUCGAGGAGGGAACUGAGGGUUGGAGGGGAGGAGGGUGGGAUUGAUUGGUAGGGUUUGUAAUUUGUGGGUGCUGUGCAGAAUCGGAAGGUAUGGAGUAUUGGAGUUGUUUUUAUAGAUGAUUUAGAUUUAGAUAGUGGGAUGUUUUAUGACAACACUGCUCAAUACUUCGUCACUCAUGAUACACGUAUACUCGCUGAGUCGCUUCGUAAAUGGACAUAUGUGGAUUAUGUAGAUAGGUAUAUAUGAGAGGGUUGGAACUAUUUCAAUUUACUUCUCUUGUACGUCCUGAUAGAUAGAUAGAUGCAUUUGUUUUUGUUGAAAUCUAGAGGGGAAGCAGGUGAAAUAAAGGAUAGAUA